ACCCUGCACUGAUUCUUUAACGUGUUCUACUAUUUGCACAAAUUGUGAUGUGUUAUUAUUUAUUGCCAAAUGCCAUCAUUACUCAUCACCAUCGUGGCGUUGAACAGAAAACCCAUGUCAAAUAGGGCCUAUAUAUGUCCCGUGUAAAUUGUUGAUUAUCCACAUUUAAAUGAAUUGGGUAUUUCGUUUUAAGUGUUCUGAAGAUUCGAUUGAAUCAAUGUUGACUGAUAACUGGUUGAAAUUGUAUUGUUUCCGAAAGAUUCUGUUCACUGAUAAAUGUUAGAUAUAUUUCUCGCCUCAAGCCAACAUAUAACUCUCGAGAGCUAUUGUUUUAAUUAAUACUUAUGAAGCAACGCGAUACCGUAGAAAAUCUCGCUUGUUUGUUCUUGACUGCUAUUUGCCAUCCACGUACUUUGCUGUAUACAGCUGUGAGAGGAGAACCGUGAUAACCACUUAUGUGGCUCACCUUCAGGCACACAUUAUAUAAUCAGUGUGCUCAAACAUAUGAUUGUAAAGUUCGAAGUGUAAACGCAGAGGCUUAGGAAAAGUGGUACUGCAACAGGUUGGUGGCAAUUACCACCAUGAGCGAGGCAUGUCUUAUUACCGCUAUUGGGAUUUGCGAAUACACCACACAUUAGCGCAUGAACUGCGCAUGACUGAUUCAGUGUAAGAUUUGGCGGGAAAGUUAUGCUCAGGCUGAGCUGCAUACUGGAUUAGCACAUAGAAGCACGGCAUUGUAUUUGCAAUCAGCCGUGAAGUUUUAAGUUUGCUACUUGUAAUAAUUCAACAUGGUUCUUAAAGUAAAGUUAAUUGUUGCUGUCUCUGAAAAUAUGGGAAUUGGCAGCAAAGGCCAGCUUCCUUGGAGACUGAAAAAAGAACUGAAAUAUUUUAGUCGCAUUACUCAGCUCACUUCAGACCCUACAAAACGCAAUGCAGUUGUCAUGGGACGUCGCACAUGGGAGUCUAUUCCUGCUGCAAAUCGACCACUUGUUAACCGGUGUAAUCUGGUGCUCUCAAGCCAGUCAUUGGUGCUACCAGAAGGUGUAACACUUCAUCAUUCACUUGAAGAAGCCUUACAGAGUUUGGGUGAUGACAUAGAAACUGCCUGGAUUAUUGGGGGUUCUUCAUUAUAUCAGGCAGCUUUGGAGAAAGGACUUUGUGAUCAGCUCUAUGUAACUCGCAUCUUGCGCUCGUAUGAUUGUGAUGUGUUCUUACCAGAAAUGGGUCCAGGAUAUGCUUUGGCAAGAGAUCCAGCUGUUCCAGAAGAGUUGCAAGUUGAAGAUGGUGUUUCGUACAAAUUUGAAGUGUACGAAAAAAUCAAAAAUUAAUUUUAAUGGCAAUGUUUGUUUAAUUUAGUAUCCUCGCUUUUUGAAUUAUUUUUAAAUAUAGGUCUUCCUGUGAGAAAUAAGUCUGUAUUUUGUAAAAUAAAAUAUAUGGUGUUUGUACCUUGGGAAUUUUUGGUUUUUAAUGCCAUUGAAAACCCUGGGUUUAAUAAAUCACUAACUGAAGGAGGAUUCUCAAGUUUUUGUGUCUAUGUGGGUGCAUGCAUGUUUGUACGUAAGUGUAUACAUGCAUAUACUUUUGCUCUAGUAUUGGAGAGGGGGGGUGAAAUGUACAUUUAUUGGCCACAAACAAAACUAGGGACUUAAGCACUUGCUGUACAAACCAAUGAAAACUGGGCAAAAACUGGAUACCCAAUAAAUACCCAGUGAAAUAGCAGUGUUAUAGAUUUGAUACUUUCCCAUCUUGGUCCAGUAUUGUUAGGUCUUGGCAUAAAGCAGAGAAGUUCCAAGCUAUGUUUAAGUGGCCAAGCACAUUGUAAGGAUGCAGAGAAAUUGACUUCAACGUGGGUGCAAUGAGCUCUACGGAAGGAAAAACAAUCACAUGCUAACAUGGCAGUAGAAUUAAAUUAAUUUUGUUACUAGUGGGACGCGAGUGUACAUUCCACACUUAGUAAAUUAUUAUUUUAGAAGUGAAAAAAGGCUUCUUACUGUAUUCUGAUUUCAAAUGGUCAGCCUCUGAACAGUUCCCACAGAAUGAUUAAAGAACAAUAAUUUUGUGUUCAUGCAUGACUUGGCACAGUGUCGCAAAGCAUUAAAAGUAACAUAUUUUCUCUAGAAAAGUUACAUAACUUUAGAUUGAUC